GGAACACUCCGUGAUCCACCAUGCAAGCAGCAGCAGCUAGCUCGCUAAGCUAACCAAACCACCACCACCACAUUUGACCCUGUGUGUGCCGUGAUGAAUUAGACAUCCGGGCUGUGUGUGUGUGUGUGUGUAUGGAAGAUGGCGAAACUUAUCCUCCCUGGUGAAUGGAUCAAAAACUGGGAAAAAUCAGGAAAACACGAAUUUGUACAACUCUGCAAAAACCUUACAGAGAAAACAGAUCAUGGAAAUGAGCUUAGAGAUAUACAGGCCGCCUUAUACGAGCUCUGCUGGCAAGUUGUACUGGGGAGCCUCAAGUUGGAUCUCGUCGCCAGCGUCCUUGGGGACAUGAUGGAACUCCGAGAUGACAUGCCAUCGAUUUUAGCAGAUGUGUUCAGUAUACUAGAUUUAGAGACCGGUGCGCUGGAAGAAAAAAACAAACGAGACCAUUACACACAACUGGUUGGAGCAUGUUUGUUUUUUGUUCCAGAGGCCAUCCUGAAAGAGCGGCUGGACCCAGAAACUCUUGAAUCUCUUGGACUUAUAAAACAAGCCCAUCAGUUCAACCAGAAGAUUGUAAAAAUCAAGACAAAGCUAUUUUACAAGCAACAGAAGUUUAACUUGCUAAGGGAGGAGAACGAGGGCUACGCCAAACUCAUCACCGAGCUUGGCCAGGACCUCUCGGGCAACAUCACCAGCCAUCUUGUACUGGAGAGCAUCAAGUCCCUCAUAGGAUGUUUCAACUUGGACCCAAAUCGUGUUUUGGACAUAAUCCUGGAAGUGUAUGAGAGUCGAUCUGACCAAGAUGAAUUCUUCCUGUCUCUCAUCAAGUCCUACAUGUGUGAACCACUCACCCUUUGUCACAUCCUUGGCUUUAAGUUCAAAUUCUACCAGGAGCCCAAUGAGGAAACCCCCAAGUCACUUUACCACAUUGCUGCUGCUCUGCUUCACCAUAACCUGAUAGAGCUGGAAGAUCUCUACGUACAUCUUAUGCCACUAGAUGCCGCCAUCGUAGAGGAACACAAACGAGACAUCUCAGAGGCCAAGCAGAUCGCUCGCAAGCUGGUCAUGGUUGUGUUGCCCUCAGAGAAAAGUGAAGACAAGGAGAAGGACAAAGAAAAGGAGGAGGAGAAGAAUGAAAAGCCACCUGAUAACCAGAAGCUUGGUCUGUUGGAAGCGCUACUCAGAAUCGGAGACUGGCACCACGCCCAGAGUAUUAUGGACCAGAUGCCUUCCUUCUAUGCUACUUCUCACAAGGCCAUCGCGCUGGCACUCUGCCAGCUUGUGCACCUGACUGUGGAGCCGCUUUACAGAAGGGCUGGCCUCCCGAAAGGAGCAAGGGGAUGUGUGAUGCAUCCACUAAGGAACAAGCGAGCCCCUCGGCCCACAGAGAGCUUCGAGGACCUACGCAGGGACACAUUCAGCAUGCUCGGCUACCUGGGACCUCACCUCUCCCAUGACCCGAUCCUCUUCGCCAAGGUUGUGCGCCUGGGGAAGGCCUUCAUGAAAGAGCACCAAAGUGACGGCAGAGCGGAUGUCAAAGACAAGAUGGAUACACUAUUGAGUUGUUUCCUGAGCGUUGCGGACCAGGUGCUUCUCCCUUCUCUCUCUCUGAUGGAGUGUAACGCUUGCAUGUCUGAGGAAGUGUGGGGCCUCUUCAAGCUCUUUCCCUACCAGCACAGGUACCGGUUAUAUGGACAGUGGAAGAAUGAGACCUAUUCCAGCCAUCCGCUGCUGGUUAAAGUCAAAGCUCAAACUGUGGAAAGAGCCAAAUACAUUAUGAAGCGGUUGACCAAAGAGAAUGUGAAACAAUCUGGAAGGCAGAUUGGCAAACUGAGCCAUAGCAAUCCGACCAUCCUCUUUGAUUAUAUGCUGUCUCAGAUCCAAUGGUACGACAACCUCAUCGUUCCAGUGGUGGACUCCUUGAAAUACCUCACAUCCCUCAACUAUGAUGUCUUGGCCUAUUGCAUCAUCGAGGCUCUGGCCAACCCCGAAAAGGAGAAGAUGAAGCAUGACGACACCACCAUUUCCUCGUGGCUUCAGAGUCUGGCAAGUCUGUGCGGAGCCGUUUUCAGAAAAUACCCGAUUGAGCUGGCUGGCCUUCUCCAGUAUGUCACCAAUCAGCUAAAAGCAGGAAAGAGUUUUGACCUGUUGAUCCUGAAAGAGGUGGUGCAGAAAAUGGCCGGCAUCGAGAUCACAGACGAGAUGACAUCAGAGCAGUUAGAGGCCAUGACCGGAGGAGAGCAGCUCAAAGCUGAGGGUGGAUACUUCGGCCAGAUCAGGAACACUAAGAAGUCAUCACAGCGUCUGAAGGAUGUGCUGCUGGAUCACGAAUUGGCUUUGCCACUGUGUCUGCUCAUGGCCCAGCAACGAAAUGGCGUGGUUUUCUUAGAGGGUGGAGAGAAACACCUUAAACUUGUUGGCCACCUCUAUGACCAGUGUCAUGACACGUUGGUGCAGUUUGGUGGUUUUCUUGCCUCCAACCUCAGCACAGAGGAUUACAUCAAGCGCGUUCCCUCCAUCGACAUCCUUUGCAACCAGUUCCACACUCCACAUGAUGCCGCCUUCUUCCUCUCUCGGCCAAUGUACGCCCAUCAGAUUCUGUCUAAGUACGAUGAACUGAAGAAAGCGGAGAAAGGCAACCGACAGCAGCAGAAGGUACACAAGUAUGUGGCUGCCUGUGAGCAGGUGAUGACACCGGUGCACGAGGCCGUGGUGUCCCUCCAUCCGGCCAGAGUCUGGGAUGACCUUCGCCCUCAGUUCUAUGCCACCUUCUGGUCCCUCACCAUGUAUGAUCUCGCCGUUCCACAUGCCGCAUACGAGCGCGAGGUCAACAAGCUCAAGGCACAGAUCAAGGCCAUCGAGGAGAACCCGGAGAUACCUUUGAAUAAGAAAAAGAAGGAGAAGGAACGCUGCACUGCCCUGCAGGAAAAACUGCAGGAGGAGGAAAAGAAGCAGCUGGAGCACGUCCAGAGGGUUCUCCACCGCCUCAAACUGGAGAAAGACAACUGGUUGUUGGCCAAAUCCACAAAGAAUGAGACCAUAACGAAGUUCCUGCAGCUCUGUCUGUUCCCUCGCUGCAUCUUCUCUUCCAUCGAUGCCGUGUACUGCGCCCGCUUUGUCGAGCUUGUCCACCAGCAGAAGACACCCAACUUCUGCACCCUCCUGUGCUACGACAGGGUGUUCUCCGCUAUCAUCUACACUGUGGCCAGCUGCACGGAAAACGAGUCUCACCGCUACGGGCGCUUCCUCUGCUGCAUGCUGGAGACGGUGACCCGUUGGCACAGCGACCGUGCAAUCUAUGAGAAGGAGUGCGUCAAUUAUCCCGGCUUCCUGACCAUCUUCAGAGCCACAGGCUUCGACGGAGGCAACAAAGCGGACCAGCUGGAUUAUGAAAACUUCAGGCAUGUGGUGCACAAGUGGCACUACAUGCUGACUAAAGCUUCGGUUCACUGUCUGGAAACCGGAGAUUACACCCACAUCCGGAAUAUUCUCAUCGUGCUCACCAAGAUCCUGCCCUGCUACCCCAAGGUCCUGAACCUGGGCCAAGCGCUGGAGUGCCGCGUCCACAAGAUCUGCCUCGAGGAAAAGGACAAGAGGCCAGACCUCUAUGCCUUAGCAAUGGGUUAUUCAGGUCGCUUGAAAAGCCAGAAGGUGCACAUGGUCCCUGAGAAUGAGUUUCACCACAAGGAGCAGCCAGCGCGCAGUGCCACCCCUGCCAGUCAACAGAACGGCCCCGGCAGCACAGGCAAGCCCGCCACCAGCACGAACAAGACAGACGAGGGGACGUCAGAGGAUGGUGAUCGGGGCAAAGAUAAAUCUCAGGGGACCACAAAGCCAGUGAACAAAGCCAACAGUGCAGCAGCCAAAGUGACCACCAGCAACGGGAACGGUGCUCUCAACAGCACCAAAGCCGCUAAAGAACGGGAUGACAAAGAGAAGAGCGGGAAGGAGAAAAAAGAGAAGAAGGAAAAGACACCGGGCAGCACUCCUGAGACAAAGGCGGAGAACCGUCGGGAGAAGCAGAGAGACGAGAGAGCAGGGAAGGAGGAGCGGGCGGCACGUGAGGGUAAGGAGAAGACCCCCAAGGCAGACAGGGAGAAAGUGAAGGCCGAGGAGAAGAGCAGCAAAGACGACAAGGCCAAAGCCGGCAACGGGGAGCCCGUAGAGCCGUCCAGGGAGCGCGAUGCCAUCAAGGAGCCCAAGAGCAAGGAGAAAGGAGACAGGAGCGUUGUGGCCGGAUCCCUCAAGUCACCAGUUCCCAGAUCGGAGUCAGCCGAAUCUGAGAGGGAUCACAAAAGACGAAAGCUCGACAGUCACUCUUCUCCGUCCCACUCCUCGUCUGUUAAGGACAAUAGCAACGAACCCAAGGAGUCUACAUCCAAGCACCACCUCAACUACAAUUCAGUAGCCAGAUCCAAGAGCAGAGAGAGGGAGAUGGAGAAGAAAGAUUCAGACAACACACAAGGCCGAUCCAAAGAGAAGAAGGAAGAGAAGGAACGGAAAGACAGGAAAAGAGACCACGCUGUCAACGACCGCGAGGCGAGCCAAGAGUCCAAACGUAAAAAGGAUGAGAACGGAACCAAUUCCUCUAAAAACAGUCCUUCCAGUGACUCCCCGCUUUCAGCUGAAAAAGAGAAGAGCAAAAGAUCCAAAUCUUCCAGCAAAGAGAAGGCAGAGUCUGUGAAACCUGAGCGAACGUCCUCCGGAGGCAAAAAGGAGUCCAGACACGAUAAAGAGAAAUCUGAAAAGAAAGAGAAGCGGGACAGCAGCGGAGGAAAGGAAGAGAAAAAGCAAUAUCCUUAAACGUGACGCCGAAGUCAUCUGGGUGUUUUUUGUGCUGUUUGAUGUGAAUGUUUUGAUAUUUAAAGGUGUGGAGUCUGUGAUUUUUAGUUCAUUUUUUAACGUCACCACUUCAGCUGCUUGCAGACGAGUCGUUUUAAAACUGAACACUUGCGUUGUGAUUCAGUCUAAGCGUUAUAAUUACCUCCAUUUUUAUCUGUUGUGUGUCAUUAAACACUCAGAGGCAAUAACUGUUCAAAAUUGCAGUAGAUGUCAUGUUGCACAGAGACGCCAGCCAACGCGACCUGCUUGUAAACAUAAUUAGCACACUAAUCGUCGGCCUAUAACCAUCCGACUCUUCUAAUUUGAGCGGUUAGCUGUGAACUCAUUUGUCUUCAGUGGCUGCAGCCCGCUGAUCCAACGCACCGAGCUAAACCGAUGAUUUUACACACCAGCACUCUUCACAAGAUUAUUUUGGGGUCCCUGAUCUACAUCGUGUCACACCAUGUUGGAUCACACCCCGGACGCUCCGUGUCUGUCGACAGAUAGUUAUUCAGUACUCGUCAGUCUGAUUAAUUUACCAUUUCCCUUAACGAUGAUACUCAUAAAUCUUCUGACAAGCACAGAUAAUGUGCACUAAUCAGUGAAGGUAAGACGCAUUCAGCUUCUUCAUAAACAGCUCUCAGUACAACUUGUAUGUGACGAGUGUUUCAUGUGUUUUUCUCUCUGAUCUGCUGCAGAACUGGAGACGCUGUGUUGUUGUUUUUUUGUCUUUUAUCGACAAGGCAUCUGCACCUCCUCCUCCUUCUCCUGUACUAUGUUGCUAACUUGUACUCUUAUUUCUGCCUGUGUUGUUUUGCUGUAAACUCCCCUCCAAAGUGUUGUUAGCUGUAGUUCUGUCAACUUACAGAUCACCUCAUUAUUUAGUUUCCAUGUCAGUAUACAGCACGCAAGCUGCAAUAUGUUUGUUUCUUUUUUUAUUCUUCAAUACAGGCACAAUGUGCUGCUCUAAUUACAUUAUCGUUGGUCUAAUUAGAAAAGCUGUUACUGUAUGAAUUGGUCUCUUCUUGGUAACACCUGGUCAUGGAUUUAUUCUUAAGCUUGAGAAUUUGUAUUUUCCUUUUUUUUUUUUUGUAUUUUGUCACAGGCUUUGCUUUUCACACGUUUUAUUGGAGUUAACAGCUUUCCAUACUCACUUACCUCAUAUCCUUUUUGAGAUACUUAGAUACUUUUUAUUUAUUUAUCUCCAACUUUUAAUCUGAGUAAGGCCGUAGGCAUAAGUGAGGGAAAAGAUACAAAGGACCAGUUUGUAUAUUGUGUACAAUAAUAAAGAGUAACAUGGAAUUCACAUCAUGUUAUUUCUUUUUCUCUUUUUUUUUCCUUUUCUUUUUUGAUGUCCCUUACAGUCCUUUUUGUGAUUUUGUGUUUAUCAGGUUUUUACAUAAUUUAUAAAAAUGCCAGUUCGAUCUUGAUUAAAAUGUAGAAUUGUAAAGAAAAACCUGAAAAAAAAAAAAAAAAAAAAAAGCUCUGUACUCCAAAAUGCAACUGUUUCAAAAAUGACUUUUGGAGAUUUUAUCUGCUGUACUCAAUGAGUGUAAGCCUUUUUAAAAAAAAAAACAAAAACCAAUAAAUAAUAGUUUUCCUAGUGUGUCA